AUGUCCAAGUCCCAAAGGGACCACCUGAUGCAUUCCACGGGGACCACCCCCUACGAAAUAAUCGGCGUAAUCCUCCCGAGCCUUUUCUACACCACCAUCACCACAAUAAUCGUGACCCUGCUCCAAACCCGCCCCAAAAACCUCCCCCUCCAAUUCACCAUAGAAUUCCUCACUCUAGUCCUCCCCAUUAUUUUAAACGUGACAGUAUUAUCGGACUACACUUUCGAACUCCUCUCCACAUUUCUCAUCAUCACCCUAUCGCUGAUUUUGUGGCUGCGGGGCUCCAAGCCCCUCUCCGCCAAACCACCACAAGCCCCCCUAACCCACGACUACAUCACUAACAGCCGCUCCACCAUCAACAUAAUUUCAGUGAUUGCGAUUCUGGCCGUUGAUUUUUUAAUUUUCCCGCGCCGGUUUGCCAAAACCAAGACGUACGGGUACAGUCUCAUGGAUGUGGGCGUGGGGCUGUUCAUUUUCUCCAACGGGAUCGUGGAUGCGGGCCGGACCGACCUGGGGAGGUCGCUCAAGGGGGCUGUACCGCUAUUGGUACUGGGCGUGGGGCGCUUUUUUGGAACAAAACUGCUGGGUUAUCACGUCCCGGUGACUGAAUAUGGGGUCCACUGGAAUUUUUUCAUAUCGCUGGCGGUGAUCAAAAUCGUAGUUUCGCUCGUUUUUAGCGUGAUUGAAGUCAAAUAUAUUUUUAUCAAUGCGACUUUGUUGUUGCUAUCGCACGAGUCUUUGCUACAGGGUGGCUUGAAAAAUUUCGUUAUGGAUGAUCACAAACGUAGCAAUUUUUUGACCGCUAAUAGAGAGGGGAUCAUCUCGUGUUUUGGGUACGUCUCCUUGUACAUGUUUUCGGCCAAUUUUAGUUACUUCGUCGGUUUGAAAAAAGGGGGGGAAGGGGUUAAGAAAACCGUGAUCAAGUUUGUUUUUUUGGCCACUUUGAUGCUGUUUUUGUCACAAAUCUGGCAAAAGUAUUGUGGGAUUUCCCGGAAAUUGGCAAACUCGGCCUACUGUUUUUGGGUUCUUUUUAUUGGGAUUUUCAUGACUGGACUUUACUAUAUUUUUGCGAAAAUUUUAGAAGAUACUUUCAGGAAUAAGCUACAUGUCAACCUCCAACUACCGCUCAUUUUUCAAGCUAUUAACUACAACGGUUUAGUUUUUUUCCUGGUCAGUAAUUUAUUAACCGGCCUAGUCAACGUUUUAUGUGAUACACUUCAAGUUUCGUCUGUUGUUAGUUUAGGAAUUAUUACCGUUUAUAUGUUGGUCAACUGCGCAAUUGUAUGUGUCCUUUUUACAAAACAAAUCAAAUUAAAACUCUAAUCGACU